GCCUGCUGUCGACCGCGCGAAUUCAGUCAAAAGCGCUCCUGCGGCCGUCACUCGUUCCAGCAGGAUUUAAAACGACCGUCAGUGAGUCUGUGAUUUAUUCUUCUUGACUGAAUAUUUCGUAGAUUUUGUAUUAAGUGCUAGUUUUGUUUAAAGGUUUCUUUGAUCAGUGAUAUUAUCUUAUAGAAAGAGGAUCUCAAAUGGAUGAAAUGGAGGCAAAUCAGUUUAGGGAGUUCGGAAAGGCCAUGAUAGACUACACGGCCGAAUAUCUGGAGAAUAUUCGAGAUCGCCGAGUUCUGCCUACAGUUGAACCUGGAUAUUUAAGACCAUUAAUUCCUGAAAAUGCUCCAGAAAAACCAGAAAAAUGGGAAGACGUGUUAAAGGACGUCGAAAAAGUUAUAAUGCCUGGGAUAACUCAUUGGCAUUCGCCUAGAUUCCAUGCCUAUUUUCCAACUGCCAAUUCGUACCCAGCUAUCGUGGCAGAUAUUCUUAGCGGAGCUAUAGCCUGUAUAGGAUUUACAUGGAUUGCCAGUCCUGCUUGUACAGAACUUGAAGUUGUAAUGUUGGAUUGGUUAGGAAAAGCAUUAGGUCUUCCCAAAGAAUUUCUGGCUUGUUCUGGAGGCAAAGGUGGUGGAGUGAUACAAGGUACGGCCAGUGAAGCAACUUUAGUAGCUUUGUUAGGAGCUAAAGCUAAAGCUAUAGCAGUAGAGAAGAAAAAACACCCCGAAAUGAAAGAAUCCGAAAUUAUCGCAAAGCUUGUCGGUUAUACUUCUAGUCAAAGUCACUCGUCUGUUGAACGUGCCGGUCUCCUGGGAGGGGUUAGAUUACGUUCUCUUCAGCCGGACGCCAGCAACAAACUCAGGGGAGAGACGGUGGAACAGGCCAUUAAGGAGGACCGUGAAGCUGGCCUUAUUCCUUUUUACUGCGUAGCAACUUUAGGAACAACCUCAUCUUGUACUUUCGACCGUUUGGACGAAAUUGGCCCAGUGUGCAACGAAAACGAAGUUUGGCUUCAUGUAGACGCCGCCUAUGCUGGAUCUUCUUUCAUUUGUCCUGAAUAUAGGUACUUAAUGAAAGGCAUUGAAAGGGCCGAUUCAUUCAAUUUCAAUCCACACAAAUGGCUGCUAGUGAAUUUUGAUUGUUCCGCGAUGUGGUUAAAGGAUCCAUCAUGGCUGGUGAAUGCUUUCAAUGUGGACCCAUUAUAUCUUAAGCAUGAGCAACAAGGAUCCGCACCUGACUACCGCCAUUGGCAAAUACCCCUAGGUCGUCGAUUCAGAGCACUGAAGUUGUGGUUCGUUCUCAGGCUAUACGGACUCGAAAACUUGCAAGCUCACAUUCGCAAACACAUUGCUUUAGCCCAUUACUUCGAGUCUAAAGUCCGUGGAGAUGACAGAUUCGAAAUAACGGAAGAAGUUCUUAUGGGAUUGGUGUGUUUCAGGCUCAAAGGAACCAACGAGCUUAAUGAGGUUUUAUUGAAAAAGAUCAAUGGAAAAGGUGUUAUUCACUUGGUACCAUCAAAAAUCCGCGAUACCUAUUUCCUCAGGUUGGCUAUAUGUUCAAGAUUCACUGAAGAAAAUGACAUAGACGUAUCUUGGAAGGAAGUUAAGGAAGCUGCCGACGAAGUUCUUGCCGAACAGAAACAAUGAAAAUGGCCGAGAAUCUUCCACAGACUACGUACCAGAAUAUUACAGCUUUGGCAAUCAUGUUAUUUGGAUAUAUUUCGCUAAAACACGUUGAUUUUUGCUCAUUAUAUAAGGGUUAGUGAUUGUAUGGUUGAAUAAAACUAGAAUCGAGUUGUCAAAUCCUAAACUGCCAUUACGAAACAAAGUAAUAAAACUAUAAAAAUAUCUCUUUUCGAAAAAUGUUGGUCACGACAGCAUAUAUAAAAUUUCCGAUCUAUUGGAGAUAUCUUAAAUAUUUUAAUUUAAAAUUUAAUUAUUAAUCUUUAUUAUUUUAUAAUAAAAAUUGUCUGUUUACUCU